AUGAGCAGCAACAGUGCCUCAGACGAAUACUCACUGCCUACGCGAGAGGAAGCAUUUGCUGCUUUCGCACACCUCAUGGACCAUGAGGACUUCCUGCUCAGCGGUCUCUACACGGGCGGGUUUCCGCUUCUUCACCGCUACUUGCACGAGCUUGAGAACCUGUUGAUGGAAGUCCUCCCGGACCUGCAUCGGCACCUCCUCAGCAAGGGUGUGGUGGCAAUGAUGUAUGCACAGCCCUGGUUCCACACGCUGUUUAUCACGGUGGUGCCAGAGGCAGCCGUCGUGCGCGUGUGGGGCAAGAUGCUGCGUGAGGGGCCAAAGGCGCUCCUCACCUACGCACUUGCGCUGCUCCAGGACAACAAAGCUAGCCUGCUGUGCAUGGACGACGUGGAGGAUUUGAUGAGAGCCCUUCGCCACCCUCGCAUUUCCCCGGCCUCUUGA